UUUCCAACUAAAGUGUUUGCUGAGUUUGGCAGGGAUUCACACAAAAUUUUGUUGGAUUGUAUACUCAAAAAACCAAAUAUCCCAAAUCACGAUCCCUUGCCAUUACUAAGCUGUAGAUUUAAAUUAGCUUUGGUAAUUAGGAUUUAUUUAAUAUUUUUAUCAUGUCUUUAAUACUUUUCUUUCUUUUUUCAGAAUAUGAAGGAUUAUGAAACAGGUGGAAGUUUAUUUAACUCUGCGUUUUCCUCACUGGAAUAAACAGACAGUGUACGAAGGAGGGACAAAGAAUGAGAACAGGAAAAGAAAUGCCUCUGACAUGGCAUAAAGGUCAUUAACAUUCUCUCAUUUCCUCAUCAAAUUUACCUGGGACUCCCAAAUGUUUUCUUAUUUUCUUACUUUAACUCUAUCACUAUGUGGAAAAGGAACUUCAGCCACGUGAUGCAAUUCUGUGGUUUGCGGUGAAAGAAAAGUAUCUCUUUACUUUCAGAGUUAACAAAUAUAAAGGCGACUAAUACCUAGUUCUCUUCAGAUCCACAGGACUACACUCCUAGCCACUUCAGCUCUGAAGCUCUAUUUGAAAAGAUGGCUCAUCUAGUAUUUACCUUGCUUUCCUUAUUUGCCUUUACAAUCCCUCUGGAAGCAAAAUGGAAACUGAGGGAAAAUGUUUAUGUCAUAGAGUCCGAAUGGAGUGAUGAGGCACCAGCCAAACAUGUGGAGCUUACAUGCAAUGUAUCUGACAACCAAGCCACUUCUGUCUACUGGAUGAAGGACAUGGAAAUAAGAGGACAUGGCAAGACAUUGAUCACUGAAGUCCAGGAGCUCCCAGAUGCUGGCAACUACACCUGUCAGAGUACUGAUACACAUGAGGUCCUCAGCUACAGCUUUCUUCUAAUUACUAAAAAAGAUUCAAAUGGUCAAAUGAUCAAGUCAAUUCUGAAAAGUUUUAAAGAGCCAAACAGAACCUAUCUAAAAUGUGAGGCAAAUAAUUACUCAGGGAUUUUCAUAUGCUGGUGGAUGACAGAAAAGGAGAGUCCAGAUGUGAACUUCACAAUCAAGAAUCUAAAAGGAUCUGAAGGAGAUGUAACCUGUGGCAACCCUGAGAUUCAUCAGAAUGGAUUAGUGACAGUAUAUUCAUCCCAGUGCCAGAAAGAAAACCACUGCCCCUUUGCUGAGGAACACCAGCCCAUUGAAAUGUUCCUGGAGGUUAUUGAUGAUAUAGAAUAUGAAAACUGUUCCACCAGCUUCUUCAUUAGAGAUAUCAUAAGACCUGAUCCUCCUCAGUGUCAGUAUCUAGCCAAAGACAACAAAGUGACUUGGAAAUACCCUAAAACAUGGAGUACACCAGAGUCUUACUUCCCUUUGACGUUUAGAGUCAAAACUGAAUCUGCAAAAAAACACACAAACAAAGUGGAGUUUUAUGAUGCUGAUGAAUAUUUUAUGAAUCUCCCAGAGACUAGCACCCCAGACAAGAUCUUCGUCCAGGCCAGGGAUCGAUAUUACAACUCAUCUUGGAGUGAUUGGUCUUUACCAUGCAGUUAUCAAUAAGAGAUUUCAGAGAAAUGGCAGAAGAACAAGAGAGAAGGAAAAGAAUAAAGAAUACAGCAGCUUAAACACAACUGUGCAAACAACCUGCCUCAGAAAUUCCUAAGAAGUCCCGAUACAUAUUUUUGUAAUGAAUUAACAUGACAAUGAUUAUGACAGUUUGCUCAUGUUCUAUAUUUGAGUGGUGCUGCUGGAAUAUACUAUGUCUACUUAACAUUUUUUAACAGGUUUGAUACAUGGAAACACCACCAAUUAUUUUGUUGGAUUCUGUAUGUUAUAAUAUUCCAUCUAUUUAUUAUUUAUUUAUUUAUUUAUUUAUUUAUUAUUUGUUUGGUACAUGUUACAAUGUCACAUGCCAGUAUUUUUUUUUUUUACUGAAAUGCUUUGUGUGUUAAUUUAGAGAGAAGGUAACUUAUUAUGAGAAGACAUAAUUUAUCUAUUUAUUAUUUAUAAUGCCUAUUUAUAUAUUUAACAUUUUAAAAAUGCGUGAGCAUGGAAAUCCUUGGCUGCGUGAAGCAGCUGUGUGUUGUAUUUCAAGGCUAUACCCAUCAUCCAAACUGAUGGCAAUUAAAAAGUGAAACAGAGGCUUGAGAAGCUAAUUUUUACCUGCUGCAUUUUGUCAGCUGCGUUAUAUAUUUGCUUACAUCAUGUUGAUGCCUGUGUGGAGAAAACAAUAAAUAGCUGUUGCAUUCUGCAGCUACCACCAUUGAAAUACUAACCAAAUUCCAGUGGGAGCUGGAUCAGCUCCCAUUAGAAGCAGUGAGAGUUUGGGCACUGGCUCAGGUCCUAAAUGGUCUGUGGUUUUUUACAGAGAUAUAGCUAAACAGAUUUCAAAGGCAGACAUUAAAUGUCUGAUCUAUAUUUAAAGAUUUUUAGAAGAUUAUUUUUUGCAGUUUAUUUAUAUAUUAUCUUGUUAGCACCCCAGGGUGUGUUUAGCUCUUUUACAGAACUCCAGGGAACAUCUGGUCCAACACCAAAUUGCUUACAGAGUAAGACUCUAAUUUA